GGGAAAGAAAUCCCUGUGCCUUCUGAUCGCUUCUGCUCUGCUUGCUUAUUACAUUUACAGCCCCAUUCCAGAGAAUGUUGAGCAGCGCUGGAAACUGAUGUUGAUUAAUGCUUGCUUUAAAACUCUAGGACAUAUGGAAAGGUCUAUCUGUGGCAGCAAUGCACAACUUUAGCCAUCCUGAAGAUGCUGGACUAUCAUCCCAGACUAUUGGCCACUGUGACUGGGGAACAUGGGAGUUGUAGUCCCCAAACAGCUGGAGGAUCAAAGAUGUGCAGCCCUGAUCUGUGGGGAGAGGAAGAAGUUGGGAAAGUGGGACAGAUGUGUUGGUGGAGAGAGUCUACCGUUGCCGAGAAGCUGGGUCUUGCAAACUACAUGGAAAUUCUGAUGAUAUUAACAAAUAUGGAACAUACAGCACCAAGAUCAGAUGAAAAGGUCACUGUGACAGACACCAAAUUUAAUGGUGUACCAGUUCGCUUGUAUGUCCCUAAAGGGCAGCCUGAUUCCUUGAAAAGGGCAGUGAUUUUUAUUCAUGGAGGUGGAUGGUGCGUAGGAGGAUCAGCCAUGGAGCCCUAUGACCUCCUGUCGAGACAGACUUCGGAAAGACUGAAUGCCAUUGUUAUAUCAGUCGAGUACAGACUGGCACCAAAAUAUCAUUUUCCAGUUCAGUUCGAAGAUGUGUACACAGUUGCCAAGUAUUUCCUGCAAAGCAGUAUUCUUGAGCAGUACAAUGUAGAUCCAAGCAGAAUAUGCAUUUCAGGAGACAGUGCAGGAGGGAACUUAGCUGCAGCAGUAGCACAGCAGCUUUUAGAUGACCCUGAUGUGAAAGUUAAAUUGAAGAUCCAAGCUUUGCUUUACCCUGCUCUUCAGACCAUUGAUAUGGAUUUACCAUCCUAUCAAGAUAAUGAGUACAUGCCAAUUCUGCCAAAGUCAUUAAUGCUCAGGUUUUGGAGUGAGUAUUUUACAACAGACAUCUCUCUGCACAAAGCGAUGGAAACCAACCAGCUUGUUCCUGCAGAGUUAAGCCAUUUGUUUAAGUAUGUAAACUGGAGUAACUGGCUACCUGAAAAGUUCAAAAAGGGCCAUAUUUAUACCACGCCAACGCAUGGAAGUUCCAAGCUUGGAGAGAAAUAUCCAGGGUUCCUUGAUCCAAGAGCAGCACCAUUAUUGGUUGAUGACAUCAAGUUGCGUGGAUUACCUCUCACAUAUGUUGUUACUUGUCAACAUGACGUCUUGAGAGAUGAUGGAAUUAUGUACGUCUCACGACUUAGGGAAGCAGGAGUUCAGGUAACACAUGACCAUGUCGAAGAUGCUGUUCAUGGGGCUCUUAUUUUUAUUACAAGCCCAUUCACCCUAACUACAGGACAGAGAAUGGUUAAUAACUACUUAGAAUGGCUAAAUAAGAAUUUAUAAAGGAAAUAAUGCCUACAGAAUUCCUUUGAUUCUAUUUUUUUUCUGGUUUAUUUGGGGUGGGUUUUGUACAAGGAGGAGUGUUUCUUUUCUGCCAAUAACUUUGAUGUAAUUUCUUGGACAUUGUAAUUAUUGCAAAAUCCUUUUCUCCCUCUGGGCAAGACUGUUUUUUAAAAAUAAAUAAAUAAAUCUUAAUCAAUUUGUUAUUAAUUUAAAAUAAAACAUUGAAAUCAAAGGAA